UUGUUUUCGAACAAACAUGGCGGACGGCCCGGCUGGGUUUCACUUCGAUGAGCUAAACAAAGUUCGGGUUUUAGAGCCUGAAAUUAGUCAGCAAACGCAAGAACUCAAGGAAGAAUGUAAAGAAUUUGUUGACAAAAUUGGAGAGUUUCAAAAAAUAGUGGGAGGAUUUAUCGAUAUGGUUGAUGCUUUAGCUAAAGAGGUCGAGAAGGAGAAAAUGAAGGCUAUUGGCUCAAGAAAUCUAUUAAAGUCAAUAGCAAAGCAGAGAGAAGCACAGCAGCAACAACUACAAGCACUGAUUGCUGAAAAGAAAACACAAUUGGAACGUUUCCGUGUCCAACAUGAAGCUUUACAAAAGGUUGAGAGUGAACAAAAUGAAUUUAUAGAGCAGUUCAUUUUACAGAAAUAAUUAUUGUUUUUCCCAGAUGCUAUCUGUAUAAAACUACUGUUAACUAACCAGUUCUAAAUUACUUGUAAAUAGAAUUGUUAUGGUUCCUUUCUUGUACAUAAGCACAUCACAGUAUGUUGUAUGUGAUACAUGUGUACUUUCAACCAUUUGUGAAAUAGUAUGUCUUUUCUGUGCUGUUCAGAUAAACACAAAGAAGACUGUUUGUCACAUUUUUCUCAGUGUAGAAUAACAAUAAUGAGAGACAGUAAAAAAGUACACUUUUUCAAAAAAAAGAACAAAAUGAUUUGUUCUAUGUAUUAUUCUUAAAGUAUUGCAGUUAAGAAGUUCUUACUGUUUUCUUAAUACUAAUAUUUAAAGCGAUAUGUUUGUAACAGUUUUUUUGUAAAAUUUUAGAAGUUGAACGUUUGAAAAAUCAAAGGUGUCCUUGUAUUUUUUUUUUUCAAUUACUUAAUAUGUGAUUUCUUGACUAUGGUUCAACUUACAUGAAGUUUCAACUUCUUUAAACUCCCAAAUUCUCAAAUGAAAAAAAUCACUCUGAGUCAGGGAUUUUGACACUUUGAUAUGUUUAAUAUGCAAAAUUUUAUUAUGCUGUCAGUUA